GCAUGAUCUGACCCUUGAUGGCAGGGAUUUGAGAUUUUGUGCUGUCCAUUCCUAACUUGAGUAUCCAUUUGAUCUCCUGGGUGGUAGAUGAGCUCCAAAUCUCUGUUUGUUGAUGGAGUUUCGGUUGGAAUGACAUGCUUCCAGGAAUUCUUGUGCGUGUCUCUGUUUGUCUUGUCCAAGAUGGAUGGAUGUGUUGUCCCAAAGUGGUGGCCUUUCUCAUCUGUAUGCAAGGAUACUAGUGAUCGUGGGUCAUGUCUUUUGGUGGAUAUUUACCAACAGGCGGCGACAGACCUGACCCCACAACUGGAGAACCGAAUCACAGCCUCACUCAUAAAACUUCAAAAAUCUGGAGAAUUAAACAAGAGACUCUUCCAAAAAAUGAAACCAGAUGGAUCCAACACACCACGCUUCUACGGACUACCCAAAAUUCACAAACCAGGAGCUCCCCUCAGACCCAUAGUCUCACUACCUGGAACACCAACAUACAGACUAGCCAAGGAACUACACCAAAGACUAAAACACCGAGUAGAAGACUCACGCCACUCCAUUCACUCCAGCCAAGAAUUCUUGAACACCAUCAAAAGCACCAAGAUAGAAGAGGAUGAAAUAAUGGUCUCCUUUGACGUAACAGCCCUGUUCACAUCCAUCAACAUCAAUCUGGCCAAAGAAACACUGACUACACUAGUCGAAGAACCAAAGACACAUACACCAGACACCACCAACCUCAUCAGCAAGGACAAAAUCAUCAAGCUCGUGGACCUAUGCCUCACCACCCACUUCACUUUCAAUAACAAAACCUACAGACAAACUAACGGUACACCCAUGGGAUCUCCGACAUCAGGGUUCUUAGCAGAGGGAGUAGUGCAGAGACUCGAACAAACAGCUCUGCCAAUCAUCCAACCCAAACUUUGGGUCUGCUACGUGGAUGACACCUUUGUCAUCACUAAACGAAACAAAUUAGAGGAAACAUUCAAGACCAUCAAUAAUAUCCUUCCUGAUGUAAAAUUCACAAAAGAGGAGGAACACAACAACAAACUGCAUUCCUAGGUACCACAGUAGAGCGACCAGUUAAUGGGGAACUUCAAACCAGCGUCUACAGGAAAACAACACAGACAGACCAAAUACUGAACUGCCUUGUCAGUGUGUAAAUGUACUUAUCGAAGUACACCUGUCAGUUCCUGCUGGGUGAAUGUGUGGGUGCUGUUCCCAACAUGUACCUGUGAGAUUCUGCUCUGUAAAUAGGAGAGUCUAGUUAACAGACUAUACUUGUCAGUUU